AUGGCUCGUCUAUCUAACGUGUUGAUGCUUCUUAGCGUCGUGGGCAGCUUUGCGGCUGCUCAGUACGAUCAGGAGAAGCAGAACAAGGAUGCUACAUGCGUCAAUAAUUGUUUCUUCAAGUAUUUCACCAAUAAGUGCAACGCCGAUAACCCAGCGUGUGUAUGCACUCUCAAGGACAUGCGCGAGAAAUUCUUCUGUUGCAUCGCUGGGAACUGCGCCGAGAACGUCCUACCAGAACAAAUUGAGAGAUCUUCAAAUGAUUGCGAUGCUCACGGCAUUCCUUUCACUUUCAACGCCGAGGCUGCUUGUGGAAUUAAAUUGCCUGUUUCUUCUGAGACUGUUUCUGUUUCAGCGACCACCACGGACGCUACCAGUGUUACCAAGGCGAAGACUUCCGAGACCGUGACUACAGCUGAGGAACAGUCAGCAACGGCGAUGACUACAGCUACGGGUACUGAGAGCUCGGCUGCCAGUCAGACUACGUCAGCGGCUGCAGCUACUGUCUCGGAUAACGCCGCUUCUAAGGCGAGGGGCAUGGUCGCUGCCGCAGCCAUCGCGCUCGGUGUAUUUAUAUAG